UGUUGAAAGAAAUCGAGAAGCUGAAGUCAGAAAAAAGCAAAUGCAGCUGCAAACAUCAAGCAACAGGGAGUGAUAAAAGGCUCGAGAUGAGCGAGACAUCGCCCCAACUUGUUUGUGACACCACCCAAAGACCCGCAGUGUCUAGCACUCCUCCGCAGAAGGAAGUCGUGGUGUCUCAAGCAGGUCGGCUCCUUUGUCUCCUCUAUCUCUACCUGACCUGGAUAUUGUCAACUCAAAAGAAGAAUGGGACUGGCUCCUCGAAAGCACUCCCGCAAUUGACUUCACCCUCCUUGAAAACCUUGCAGACGAUCUUAUUACAAUGUCGUCUGAAUCGAAACAGCUUCCUGAAGUCGAAAAAGCUGAAAUGGUGGGGUCGACAUCAGAACUCGUGGAACCCAGUUGCAAUGACGGAUGUUCCACAGCCUGUUUGAACUUGGCGAAGCAUUCCCGAACUGCAAACCCACCACCUGAUGCAACGCAUCAAACCUCAACUGUUCCCUCCAAUCAAAUUUUACAUAGCAGUUCACAAAGUUCAGUUCCUCAUGUAGACAAAACGAACCUCAAAUCCAAUGCCUUAAGUAAGUCUUUUAAAAUAGGUGCAGAUAAUGUAAUCAAAACGAAUCCUAUCCAACUCAGGAGGAUAGAAAAAGCGCCACCAAAAGUAUCCGAGCCUAAAAUUGUAGCAAAACCCAGGAAAGUGGUUGCAAGGCUACCGAAGAUACUUCCAAAAUUAUCCCCUACCUCACCAAAACCAGUCAUUAGUAUCGAUAGAAAUUGCUCCUUGAGUGAGGUGCAAAAUAUUGUAGACAUUCCAGUUAUUAUCGUCGAAGAUGUUGGUCUAGUUGAAGAGGUCUCGACGUGUACCGAAGAAACUGUGCCACCCAAGGCGGAGCAUGAUUAUUCAGAUUGUAGUGUCGAAGCAUACUGUGAUCAGGUUGUAAAUAAUUUUGAUGCCACCUUUAAAGUUGAACUAGAUGAUGCUGAAAUGGAAAUGAUGGGUUCAGACAUGAAAAUGGACGUGGACACCUUAGGAGUAGAUAUGUUUGGUAAAGAUAUGUCAGAUUCUCAUUCGGAUCAUGGCUACGACUCCCUUGACUCUCCUCUAAGUGAUAAUAAUGAGUACCUCUCUAUGGCUCUUUUUUCAGAUUUGUUAGAAUGAGCGCACUCAAACAGUUCCUCUUUUAUCUGUAAUUAUCAUGACUAAAAGUAACCGAGGUGGGCCGUACUCUAUUACCUUUACCUCUUGGAGGCUCUAUUUAUUUUAAAAAUUUAAGGCUUUAAGAUAAGAGUUUUCUCAGAUCCUAUAUCCAUUAAUUCAUUUUCCUGUCUGUAUUUUGAAAAACUUUUUUGAGAUUAGAUCAGCUGGACCUGGUUGACAAUUAAUGUUUAUAUUUUUCAAAUUUAAUCAGUUUUAGCUUCCCCUGUGUUUUUUCCGGUGUCUAAAGUUUUCCAUUUCUGCUGUACUUAGCUUUUUAGCUGUGCAGGUCGAAAGUAGUCGGCUUUUUGGGUGCAUCUGAAGAAAGCACUGCAAUAUCUGAUCAUUGUUGAGUCCUCAAAUUUCUCUUUUGAGGAGGGAGAUUAAUGAUUAUAAUUGCCUGGUUGGCCAAACCUAUGAAUUUAAUCAAUGUAAUCGUACUUUUCUACAAUUUUCUUGUAAAAUCAUUAAUUUAUAAUUGAUCUUUGUUUUUAUGUUAGGUUUUUCUUUCGAGUUGACAAGUCAGCUCAUUUUCACCGAAGCCCUGUAAAUAUUUUGUACAGCCUUGUUUUUUAUUUCAAAAGUUUAUGAUUUGAUAGUUCUAUUUCUAUUUAUCAAUUUUAUACCGUUGAAAUUUGUCAGUGGCUGAUAAGCCCAUUUAAACGAAAGCGUUUUUAACGUUUUACUAUGUCAAGGGAGUGUAACCCGAAGAUGCAAUUCAAAGAGAUUGCACUCCUCGUUCUCCCUUUCUCAUACUCAACAGAUUUGCCAGUUUCAAAUCUCAAUUCUGCUUGCAGUUACUCAUUCAAAGUUUGCACCACUCGAAAACGUGCGCUGCCUUGAAAUGUACCCCUUUACUUCCUCUUUUAAAUGUGUUUCUCAUCUUAUCCCCCUCUAAAAAAUUCUCUAAAGAUGUGUUAUGAAAACCCUUUUUUUUGUGUUAAUGCAUAACUUGAUGCAGUCAUGCUUCGAUUCCAAAGAAAAAUAAGUGAUCAACAAUUUUUAUAUCAUGAAUUUUCUUGCUAAUUAUAUCUUAAAUAGCUUUCCAAAGAAAUCAUACGCUGAUAAGAACUUUCAAAGGCACAAAAAGGAUAGAAAUGCAUGGUUUGCAAAGUCUUCUUACAAGAAAUUCUCCGUGACCAGAUUUUUCUAGCUAUUUGUCUAAUAACUGGAAUGCUCUCUAUGUUUUAAAAUUCGUACUAGAACACUGCAUUUAAAUGUGACGUACAGUAACAUUUUGACUAAAUUUAGUUUUAUCUUUUCUAUUUAUUGUUUUAGGGUUAAAAUACUGUUUGAGGCAAGGCAGUUCAUGUCAAGCUUUAAAUUCAACUUAUAACUUUCUUGUCUUUUCUCAGUCAAGAAUUAGUGUAAAAUUUUUUUUUUUUUUGACUUUGUGUUAUGUACCGCAUAAAUGAAUGUGAUUUGGACGGACUUAACCGGAUCAGUUUUCUUACCUUCUACUCUUUUUACAGGGAAAUAAACUACAUGACACCAUUGAAACUAUUUUUUGCAUAAGUAUCUCUUUUAUUGUAAAGAUAAUAUGUACUCACAAAAUCUCAAGUCUCAGUAUUGUUUAAAAUUAAUCAUCAGACCAAAUUAGGUAAUGUCACAUGUAACUAACCACAAUGUCCUAAUUAUUAUUAUUAAUUUUUUAAAGAAAACCAAGCAACACUAAGAUUUGACAUUAUGCGAGUAUAUUCUUCAUAAUUUAGGAGAAAUGCUUAGAAAGUUUAAAAGUGUUGUAUAGUUUAGUUCUUUGUAAAAAAAAUAGAAUGUGAGAGAAUCGUCGACUGAAAUGUAGCUAGGCAAUAUCUGAUAUUGCUAGCUAAAUUAGACAUUGCCUAAUUUUCUCUAAUGAUUUAUUAUUUGACAAAAAACCAAGCAACGCUGAGACUUCAAAUCUUGCGAGUACAUUCUUCAUAAUUUAGGAGAGAUGCAUCGAAAGUUUUUGUAGAAAAAUUGAACAGGAGAGAACGUGAAAUCCAGUAAGGAGGGUUCUGGUUAAAUUCGUCUAUUUGGACUUCAUUUUACAAUCAGGAACUACAAUUUCUGACUCAUUUUUAAAAGCACUUAUCUGCAUAUGAAAAUUUAUGGUACAUACGUUGUUUCUACAGUGAGCCAAAAAUCGGAGUUCCCAAUUGCAAAAUGUAAUCCAUUUUAUCUUUAGAUACUAAUUAUUUAUCUCAAGACAUGCAGUUUGUACCUCUAACAACAUUUUGUGUGAACUAAGGUCACGCACACAUUUUUUGAGCUUUUAGUGUAUUUUCCGAAGGAAAUACACUAUUGCAUUUUUUUCUCUUUAGUUCAAGAGGUUUGUAUUAUCUACAUUGUAGGAAUUUUUGUGAAUACAAUGCAAAGUCUGUUCCAUUUUA